GAAAAAGACAAUUACAUAUUUGAAUAUCUAAUCGAUUCGUCAAUAACAUCGAUUAAUAGUGCUGUGACUUAGUUGUAUUGGAUUGUUUUUGUACAAAUAGUUUAAUCGAAUCGAAUUUUGAUUGAUUAAUUAAUUAAUUAUAUUAUAAUCGAUGAAUUAUGAGACAAUGAAAUGACUGAAUGCAGUGUUCGUGAGUCAUGAAACAGUCGUUUGCUGUAAAUUUUACAGUGAUUGUGUAAAAAUGAAGAUGUCUGCAGCUGACAGCCAGGAAUCUGGCAGUCCACCUCCAAGUCCAUCCGAAUCUACAACCUCAGAGACAGCUCCCACCCUAGUACAUAUCAAACAAGAAAACAUGGUGCCUGGAAUAGACAGCAAGAAAUACUUCGGAGCCGCUGACUUCGGCCUCCCAGACACAUACCUACCGCAGAGCUUCUCUGAAUAUAGCCGUGUUUACAGACCAUUAGAUAUCCCUAACCAAGGCUUUUUAGACCAUGUAUUGAAAAUACCAAACGGGAAAGACGAUGAUGGCAAAGAGGACAAUGUGUCGGAAAGUUCUGACUUCAAUCUACCGUCAGAGUUACUGUUUAAGUCUGGUGGGAUUUUUGCGCGGAUUAAUAUUACAAAUGGUACGAAGUAUGGACCGUUCAAUGGAAAGUGGGAAACGCAACCGUUGGACAGGAGAUUUGCUUGGGAGGUACUUGGCAAGAAUGGUGUCCGAGGUUGGCUAGAUGGUACUACAGACAAGUCGAAUUGGCUGAAAUUCGUGCGAUCUACAAACUAUUCGCACGAUGUUAAUGUUCAACAUUUGUUACUCGCUGGACAAAUUUGGUACAAAGUAACCCGUGAUAUCCCGUCAGGACAAGAACUGUUAUUGGGACCUAGGACACCUCUACCCUUGCAAGAUGUGCUGGCUGCUGGUGUUUCAGGCCGUGAAGGAUCCAGUGUGAACUCGUCGAGUGGCUCGCAGGCUCUUACGGAAGACGAAGAACGUGAAGAUACGGAACCCCGCUGCUCCUUCUGCGACGCACCCUUUCCUAAUAUUGACGCACUCGACCGUCACCUUAUCCAAGCGCACGCGCAACCCGCAGCAGCCUACCACUGCGAACUCUGCAACCGAGCCUACAGCUCCAGAGCCCUCCUCUUGCGACACCGGGCCCUCACCCACACGGACAUUAGGAAAUACCCCUGCGAGAACUGCCCUAAGGUAUUUACCGAUCCUUCCAACCUCCAGCGCCACAUCCGCGCGCAGCACGUGGGCGCGCGCAGCCACGCCUGCCCCGAGUGCGGCAAGACCUUCGCCACCUCCUCCGGCCUCAAGCAGCACACGCACAUACACUCCAGCGUCAAGCCGUUCCAGUGCAAGGUCUGCUUUAAGGCAUACACGCAAUUCUCAAACUUGUGCCGACACAAACGGAUGCAUGUUGCGUGCAGAGCUCUAGUGGAAUGCGGAAAAUGUGGACAAUCAUUCACAUCCUAUGCUUCUCUGACCAAGCAUAAGAGAUUCUGCGACACCGCCACUUCUAACGUUAACCUACGAGGACAAUUGCCGCAAGGACUUCCCCAAAUUUCGCCAAUACCCAACGUCAUGAAUACUCCAAAUAAUAACAAUCCGUUCCCAAUGUACAGGCCGACGUUGCCUUUACCAUACAAUACUUUUGCUCAUUACCCGGCUCUGUUCUCUGCUGCAGCUGCAGCUUGUCCUCCAGAAUUCCUUAGUCCACUUCUUUUUAAUGUACAAGGAGCAAGAUUGGCCAUGGAACAAGAUAUGGCAUACAAUGCAAACUUGGUAGCAAAGCAACAGCAAGAAGGACGCAUGUCUGUUAAAAGUGUUGAUAGUUCAGCUUCUAUUGAAGACGUGAAGAAAAAAGAUGACAUUGAUAUGAGUAAAAAAGAUGACGAACGGUCAACGCCAAAACCACAGAAUAUGUUUGGACAACAAUCAUCUCCAUCUGCUGACGAAAUGAAUGCUAAGCAACACUCCUCACUUAUGUCACUGUCUCAAUCGCUAGCUCCGUUCAAUUUCCUACGAGACGAAGUGAAACAUUCACCAUACAAUUUAUCUUUGAAACUAAACAACAAUGACAUAACUGAAGCUAAACCAUCUUCGCCAUCACCGAAAGAUUUAACAAAAAAUAUGAAAGAAAUAGAAAAUAAUUCCAAAUAUUCUGACGAUGAAGAAACUGAAACCAAAAAGGAACAGAACGACCAACCAUUGGAUUUAUCCAUUACCAAGAAACAGAAUGACAAAGAAUCUGAAGCGGAAAACGAUGAUCGUUCCUUUCGCAAUUCAUCCGUUAAAUCUUACUCGCCGCCUGAAAGUCCCGUAAUGAGGGAAAGUAAGACUCCAGAAAAUGAAACGACAGAUGUUGACGUAGAAGCAGUGGAAUUGAAACGAGAGGAUUCACCACAAAUUGUAUCUCCUCCCUUAGCUUUUCCGAUGCCCGUACACCCGCAACACAACACGAGCCUCAUCGAUGCGAUGUACCGACCGCGCUUCCCGCCAUUUCAGCCAUCUGAUUCUAUUCUGAACUCGCACUCUCCCUACGUUCCGAGUCCGUUUAAUUUUUUAUCCCCACUUCUCGGUACUGACGGGCCAGAAAGGCAGCCCAGUGCUUACGCGAAAUUUCGAGAACUGAGCGCCGGGUCGGGAAAGCUGCGAGAUCGUUACGCGUGCAAAUUUUGCGGGAAAGUGUUCCCUCGGAGCGCGAAUUUAACCCGCCAUCUUCGCACGCACACCGGCGAACAGCCUUACAAGUGCAAAUACUGCGAACGCUCCUUCUCUAUAUCGUCGAACUUGCAGCGCCACGUGCGCAACAUUCACAACAAGGAGCGGCCGUUCCGGUGUCCUCUGUGUGAUCGGUGUUUCGGUCAGCAAACAAACUUGGACCGGCAUUUGAAGAAACACGAAGCUGAGGGGGGGGAUUCUCCUAGUUCCGCGGACACGGAGCAAGAUGCGUGUUUCGAUGAUAUUAGGUCGUUUAUGGGGAAAGUGACUUGUUCCCCCGGGGGCCGGUCCCCCGCGGGUUCGUCCCCGCACCCCCCUCACCCCUCUCACCCCCCGCACCCCGCACACGCCCCGCGGCCCCCGCUUGCUAUCUCCACCUAGCCAACGAUGUACCCGAUGCUGAUGUGGCAUCAACGCUUCGAAUAACGUGUAACAUCGUAAUGUUUUUAAUGAACUCUACUAGGUGAAUAAAUAGAUAGUUAUGUCAUUUGGAAUAGUGGAAAUGUGAAAUGUUAAGAGAGAUGGAUAACGAUAUUGGAAUGACGUAUUUAAUUUCAAUUUAAGUAUUGUUUUGUACUUAAUUAAUAUAAAUCGAAAUUCUAAUACAUUUUUAUGAAUCCGUCAUUCAUGGGGCAGGCUUUCUGUUGGAAAACGUAAUGAUUUGGUAAUAAUGAUGACUCUCUAGUAUUCAAUGAUAGCAAUAGCUUGUUAGUCGUAACAUUUCAAUAUUUAAGUGAUAGUGCUUAAUUAAAUAUUUGUAAAUAUAAAGUUAAGUUAUCCUUAAUAGUAAUUAUAUUUAGAUUAUAAAUUCGUAUUAAAAAUGCGAGUAACGACAAUUUUUGUUCCUAGAUUUAGUUGUGAUUGCAGUUUUUUGUAAAUAACUAUUUACGUAUAGGAUAGAUUUAAUAAAACGAUUAGAUUUUUGUAAAUAAAUUAUAAAAAUAAACCCCACGAUGAAAUAUAUUGGGCUGACGAUAUGAAUUAUUAUUUGGUAAAAUUUAAGGUAAAAUUUAGUACUGUUAGAAAUAUAAUAUAAUGUAACUAAGUACACCAAAAUUUUAAUACUAGUGUAAGAAAUCUAAACAUUGUCGUGGGAUAUAAUUUUAUUAUGAUUGGCUUAAAUCGAAAUUCAUGAUUUUCAAUCGUUUUAGUCAAAAAUUCUACCAAAGCAUUGAUUCAAAAAUUAUGAGUAUCAAAAUUGUAAUAUAAGUUCAUUGGAGUAUAAAUUCGUUGAUAAAUUAAGUCGGGAAUAAUAUCAAUUUUAUUUUGUUAAAUUUGUUAUUUACACGUUAUUGUAAAUAUAUAAAUACAUAUUAGGUUUUCGAGCAUACGUUACUUUAAAUGAAGCUCAAUUGGUUAGCUGUUUUAAAUUAAACGAAGAGCUAUAUUAUAAAUGUAAGUUUUAAUCGAUAUGAAAUAAAAUAUAACAUCUUUACAUCUAUUUAUAAUAUAUUCUAGAAUAACUUUCCAUUCACUAAAGGUUUAAACUACUUUUAAUAUACAUAUUCUAUAAAUGCUACAAAUAAAAAUGCACAUUAAAUAUUACAUAAAUUUGUUUCGAUAAUAACCUUAAGUGAGUGGCGGUUUAUAAAUAAUUUUAAUGUUUAGAACAGUGUUUUAACAAAUUUGUAUUUACGGUGAUCAAUGCAAUAUUUCUACUUUGACAAUGUUUACGUUUAGAUCACGAAUUCGGAUUUAAAGGUAUUUAGGCAAAGGUUUAAUUAAUAUAAAAUGUAAAGCCUAUUUAUCCAAUUUCGUGAGAUAAACAACAGAUCACACAGCACUAGUUCUAUAAGAUUUUUGUCACGAUUUAUCGCGUCUUGACACAAGUAUUCUAAAUCUGCAAAGACUCUUCCCUCUAUUGUAAAGCAUCAACAAAUAAAAGUUAUA